AUUUUUAUUAUAGCUGCCCAGCAGAUGGCCUGCCAAAUACUAGGCAACAACAAUAUAUAUCUCCUGGAUAACAACCGAUAUCUCAACUCUAGAGGGGCGAAUGAUGGAGCUGAUGCUGCAUCUAACAUCAGGGAUACCUGUGCGGGUCGCCAAGCUAAACGUUCAUCGUAUCGUUGUUCAUCUGGUUUUGCCCCUGGCGGAACUGUCUCUUUGAAGGCAAGCGUACUCUCAUACAUUCUGGAUGUUGCUGAAAAUGGAGAAUACAAUCGUGGUGCUAAACUUCAGAUCAACGCAAUCGCUGGAGCGUGUCACUCGUCAACCUCUAAGCAUUACCAAGGUACCGCUGUGGACUUCCAGAUUAAAAGCGGUGACCCUAGCUACUACGCCUACUCUUGGAAGAGUAUUUGUUCAUCCCAUGGAGCUCGAGAGAACCUUGGCCCUGGGGACGCUGGACACUCAACUCAUACCCACUGUGCUUUUGCACCAUAAUAUUCAGAAAUAGGCUAAAACUAAGUUCAAAGGAACACAUUCUUUUCACGAAUGCUAUCUUUUUUUAAAUUACGAUUAAUCUUAAUUCAGUGCCCAUUAUAUUCUUUGUAUAUGAUAAUAAUAAUAGUCCGUUCUUGUAUAGCGCAUAAUACUUAGUCUCUAUGCGUUUUCAGAAAGGGUUUGCAAUAAUGGGUUCGAAUAUCUGCUAGUUGCACAGGGACAAGAUAUAAUUAUCAUCUGUAGUUAAUCUCUUUAUAUUCAGGUGUGAAAAAGGUACCUGGAUUGCUCUUUUAAAAGUACUGCAUGUGCACUGAUAACGGCUGCCGGAGCUAAAAGUAGGGGUAACAAUCCGGAUAAUAUUUAGGGGUAACAAUCCGGAUAGGAAGAGCACAACGAUGAUCCAUCAUAAUUAUAGUGAUAUGUGCCAUACAAAAUCAACUUAUCAACUACAAUGACCACUUGUACAAUUAUAUGAUAAUGGUGACUUUUUCUCUCUAUGUACAUAUUAUACUGAAAUCCUAACCUUAUCACUUUAACCGGACUAUAGGCCCAUCUUAAACCAUUAGGAACUUUCAAUAAGCAUACUCAAUGUUAACCUUGAUGACUUUAAUGAAUGAUCAAUUGCCACGAAGUUUUCUUCCAGCUGUAAUUGUAAGACUAAUCAACACUAAUUAAAGAAUGAACA